UGUACCCCAAACUCAUAUACUCUCUCCUCCCCCAAGUCCCAAUACCCAACCACCUUAUAUUCCCCUCCAUUUUCCCUUGAACCAAUUCCUAAUUUUUCCCAUUCCCCACCAACAUGGCUCACCACACCACCCAAAGGCGCAUCUUAGCAAAACCAGAAGAAGAACCCAAACUCAAACCAUCCAUGGAUCCCACUCUCAUCAAAAAGCACCCCAAACCCACCACCACCACCACUUCUCACCACCACAUAAGACCAAACCCAGAUCCCCCUUUACACUCUAAACCCUCCUCUUUCAUGUCCCACAACUUCUCUAGAUUAAACCCAUAUCACAGAAAAGCACAUAAACCCCAAAACCCCACCAAUCCACAUCCAACCCCAUGUGUUAUGGACACCCAUUUACAAGCCAAAGCCUUGACUGUUUCUGUUGAUUCCUCCAUGUUUUCCUUAACCAAAUCAAACCACCUCACCAGAACAACUAUUGCUCCAAAGCUUGAAAAAGACAGCACCAAAGCAAGAAAGGAGGUCUCUAAAGAGAAACUCAAGAAAGAGUUGGAUAAGAAAAAGUUUCAUGAGGUGAAAGUGAAUGAAAAAAAGAAAGAAACCCGUGAAGAGCUUGAUGUUAAGAGAUUGUCAGAGAAAUUGAAGGAUGUAGAAAUGAAGGAUCUUCAAGAUUGUCGUGAAAGUAAGAGAGUUUCAGUUUCAUUAGCUGUGAGAGGAGGCAGAAGGAGGUCUUUCUCUGACUCACAGGUUGACUUAGCAGAUAUCCUUGCAAGCAAUGGUGUGAAAGUGGUUUCAGCUGAUAUGCCACCAUUUAUGCAGAUCCAUGUUGUGGAUUGUGCUAGAAAGGCUUAUGAUAGUAUGGAAAAGUUCACUUCCAAGACCCUUGCUUUGACUCUCAAAAAGGAAUUUGAUGGGGUGUAUGGGCCAGCAUGGCACUGUAUUGUGGGGACAAGUUUUGGGUCUUUUGUUACUCAUUCAGUAGGUGGGUUCAUGUAUUUCUCAAUGGAUCAAAAGCUGUACAUCCUCUUAUUCAAGACCACUGUACAAAGAGCAGAUUGAGGCGAUGAUUAGGGACAGUUGGAAGUAAGAAUAUAUUUUUAGAAUAGGAAGUUUUGGAAGGCUAUAAAACUAAAAGUAGAUAUCUCCUUAGCUGCUUGUACAUGGGUUUUGUUCAGGAAAAGAUGAAAAUAUGAUGGACAGAUAUGAUGGAAGAUUUUCUUUUCUUUCUUUUUUGUUCAAAGGGCAUUUUUUAAGUGGUCUAGGACUUUUACUUUCAUGUAAAUGUUGGGGUUCAAAAAUAGAUAGCCCCUUUUUACUGUAGUACAUGCUUUGUUGUUAUUAUGUUCUGCUUCAUAUAUUUCAUAAUUGGUAUUUUUCUUCUUCC